GCACAUUUUGUGCACAUAGAGGCGCUGGUGGUUCAUGCAUAUGGCAUAUGCGGGCAUAUGGUUUGCCUUCGUUUCUUCUCGCUUCCAUUUCCGAAAGCUUGUAUAGGAACAAAUAAGCCUAGAGGAUGGCCAAGUCCAAGAACCAUACAAAUCAUAAUCAGAAUAGAAAAGCGCAUCGAAAUGGUAUUAAAAAGCCCAAGAGAUACAGGCAUGAAAGCACACUCGGCAUGGAUCUAAAAUUCUUGAGAAACCAGCGUUUUGCGAAGAAACAUAACUUGAAACCGAAGGCUCAGUUGAAGAGGGCAGAGCAACGGAAGGCUCUUCGUGAAGCUAAAAAUAAGAAAUAAAUCAACUUAGACCAAUGACUCUAUCAAAAUAAAGUGAAAAAAAAAAAAAAAAAAAAAAAAAAAAAAAAAAA